CCAGAACACCGGGAUGGACUUAAUUGGGUGAGUUUCUUCAUCUCCGUCCGGAUAGCGGGAUGACGUCAGGGAGACGCACCUUAAAACCAAAGUGCUCAUCACAGGGAGAUGCGCGUUUUGAUCGGGCGCUCACACUCUCUCUUUGGAUUAUAAGCAGAAAUAGUUAAAGCUGCAGCAGGUGAACUAUAGGCGGAGCUGUCAGGGAUGAGAAGAACUAUACUUUUGAGGACAGUUAAUUGUGAGGAGACUGCGUAAAAUGUCUCCAAUUUGGAUUAGGUAGUGGAUCAUUUAAAUAGAAGAAAAGGGAAAUAACAAAAAGCAACAGCAGAAAAGUUAACUGGCAAAAAAAAAAUACACAAACAAAGAAAAAAAAACUUUAAAUUGCUAUUGGUGGGAGAAGUUUGGCACGGAUGCUGUUGGAUGUCUUCCGCGUCUGCGACCCCGUUUCCAUUUCUCUGAUCUCAUUUGAGCCAUGGCUUACACCCAGCUGGGAUACUCUUACCCCGCCACACCGCAGGUAAAGUCAGUGUUUUUGAAGUCUUCUACUGGACCAAGUCGCUACUGUUUUUGUAUUAAAAAGUCUUUGUUACAUGUUUUGUUCUUUACGAUAACAUAUCAGUGCGCAGCUGCAGAUCAGUGUUCAUCUCUCUUGGAUGUCUGUUCACCCAUUGUUUGCAAUUUAAUCAACAACUUUGCAGUGUAAAAUCUAUUUUUCUUAUUAAAUUUUAUUUCACCAGGAAAGCCAAAAUGAGAUCAAUAAUUUGAUACUUAGUACUCAUGCGCAAAAAUGCCUCUGAUUUUUAAAAUGGGAUCGUGCUAAAUGUACAUGUUCUUGUCAAAGAUCUUGAUGACCUCCAGCUCUCUUUCUGGUUGUUUGGAACCGGGGACCUCUCCGUCACACACGGACCAGCAGCUCAACGCAGGGACCGGUACUGGAGUCUACAGUGGCCCGUACGCGAAGAGCCAAAGUUUUUAUAACACCUGCGCAAGCGACGUCUCCGCUCUCUAUACCGGGGUGAGUUAGAGAUUAAAACUGAGCUUCACUGUUUCAGUAGUUUUACCUUCAUUGAAAUGACACGUAUAGCCUACUGCACAAGAGGGACGAAAAGUAAAAAAAAGGGGUUUUAUUUCAAAGAUGACCUCUUUACAGAAGUGUGUGAAAUGUAAAACUCAGAUUUGUGAUAGAAUAUUCUUUUAAAAAGCAUCUCAGUUAAUUUGAAAUUUGGCACUAAAGUUUAUAUUACUGUUUACUGAACGUCUUGCCUUAACCCACUUUUUUAUUGCUUUGCAACAGCUUGUAUUAAUGAUUUAUCUUUAAUUACUUACUUCUGAAAUGACACUUUUUAUGUCUGCCUGCAUACUUCAAUCGUUUUUUUAAGGAUGAUAACAAAGCAAACACUGAUAUCAGUUAUUUUCCAUUUUUAGGGACCACUAGGUCACAAGGAUGGAGCUGCAUCUGUGCAUGUGGGAGCAUCUCAGACCCCUACCCAUUAUCCAUAUGAAUAUACAUUUGGACAGUAUCCCUAUGACAGAUAUGGGUAUGUAUGAAUGUUCAUAAAGUGCUAUGUAUAGCCGUCAAAUUAAACCAAAUUGUUAGAUUCAAAAUUGUCAUUUAUUUACAUUAUUUAUUCUCCAUUUUGGACUGACGGUAUAUUACACUUACUAACCUCAAAUGCAUCUGUCAUAUUAUCAUUGCAUACAAAUGCAAAUUAAGCAGAAAAAUGUAAACGUCUUAGUAUCUGGAAGUGUAAGAAAGUUGUUUUUGUUCAUUAUAGUAUAGUCAGGUAAUAGUUAUCCAUGAUUGUGAACAGAGUAACUCUAAAAUGAGUAAGGCUUUCAGCAUGUGUCCCUCAGUUGUUCACCCAGGUCUUUUUUGUGUGAUAUAUUUAUACAUUUUACUUUAUUUGUGACCCUUUGGCUCAGGUAUUCCUGCUCUGACAGUGCCUCUCGUCGUAAAAAUGCCACUCGAGAGACCACUAGCACACUAAAAGCUUGGCUGCAGGAACACCAGAAGAAUCCAUAUCCUACAAAGGGAGAGAAGAUAAUGCUUGCUAUCAUCACCAGGAUGACCCUAACACAAGUAAGAUUUCUUGAAGUUUAGUAGCCUAGUCCUUGUAGAUUUUUGGCUUCCUUCCUUCUUUCCUGUAUUAUCUGUCUUGUCCUUCCCUUGUCUUCUCUUCACUGCAGAAUUGUUUCCUUCCUCAACUUCUUUGUAGUUCAUGUUUUAAGUUCCUUUCUAUUCCUCUCCUUUCUCAGGUAUCUACUUGGUUUGCCAAUGCACGCAGGAGGCUGAAAAAGGAGAACAAGGUGACUUGGUCACCGCGGGCUUGUAAAAGUUCUGAUGACCGAGGGUGUGAUGAUUACAGUGACGACGCUGAGAAGUCUCUUAAAGCAGAUAAAGACCUUUCUGGUAAGCAGGGUCCAGUUUAAUUUAGUCUGCACUUUCUGUUUGUUUCUAUUUUUCCAAGUGUGGGUUAGUAUAACAGACUUGUCUUACCUUUAUCGUUCACUGUGCAGAUCAACAGAGCGCGGAUAUUCAGAGUGACCUUGAGGACUUUGAUCUAUUCGAAUCAGAUGGUUCUGACUGUGAAAGGAAGCCACAGUUCCUCCCCAAGGAAAACAAUGCAAACCCAAACACUGAACUCCCACAUGGACACUUUGCACACAACCCUGACACGAUGCUCAGAAAAGAGACUGUAUCUCCAGACUGUCCUGCACUCACACCUGUCCAACAGCAAAAAAAUACCUUCUAUCCCACCUCAGGUCCUCAAAGUACAGACACCAAGGCAAAAAUCUGGUCCAUUGCUCACACUGCUGUGUCUUUGGAUGGCAGGUUGCAUCCAGAAUACCCUCCCUGUAUGCUGUCAUCGACUGGGUCCCCUGGCCCUGGUUAUCCAUCAAACAUGGCACUAACCAAGGCAGACAGGCAACAGGAGUCACCGGUAGCAUCACUUAAAGAAUGGGUGGAUGGAGUUUUCCAUGCUCCUUCUUUCCAUUAGCCCAAACCAGCUGACUUAUAAAAAGGUUUCAAUGAUCCUGAUGGCAGAACACAUGGACUAUCCUUUGCAAUUGUUUGGGUUACGCCUAUGUGGCCUAACAAACACAUACUUUUCAUGAUAUCUAAAAGACUGCUGAAAGAAGGACAAAAAGUCUACGUUUUGCAUUGUGGCUUGACUAGUUGACUGUUCACUAAGGUCCAGCGCCUUUUGUUAAUGUUUGCUUUCAUGUCUGUCAACCCUCCAUUUUUAAUAUCAAGUUUAUGUUUCUGGCCAACACCUUUUUUCUUGCUGAUGUGGUAAAUGUUUGUGGCACGGUUUACAAGCUCCAGUUAGCUUGCCCAUUUUGUUACUAUGUAACUAAGUACUUGCAUUUGUUUCCAGCUGAAAAGAGAUCUUAUAUGUGCAUUUGAUGCUGAAAUACCCAACGUUGUGCUAACAGGCUGAGACAAGAGCUUCAAGUCCCAGGCAAAAAAGCAAGAGUGUAAUUACAGGUUGAUUACCAGAGUUGAGGACAUCCAGGUUUUUAUGAUGAGUACUGACAAAUGCAAAGGUCAAAUCUCAUACUAUCAAGUAACAGGUAGAGGUUCCUCAGAUUUACAAAAAAAACAUGAAGAGAAGGACAAAGUUGCUAAUAUACACACAAAAAACGACCCCACAGAACAGCGGAUUGGCUACUUAUUACUCCGGACAACACAUUGAAAGUGAUCAGAUUAAUGUAGCAGAUAGGAGCCCAGACAGGAUUAGCAGGACCAAGACCUGAAGAGAGGCAGGUAUUUCAUUACUACCUAUUUCAGAAAUUAAUCAUUUUAAACAAAUAUCAAAUAAUAGAUUGGUUUAUUAAUGUAAAAAUAUUUCCCCUGUUGGGAACAGCAUGUUAUUUUGUCAGUUUGAGCUGCUUCCUAUAACUUUUCACCCUGUAGCCCUCAUAAAAUAAGCUGACUUAUCAGUUAUUACUCACAUUAAACUUACCAUUUCUUAACAUGAGUGAAGUUAGCUGUUGUCACCCCCAAUUAACAUGCGUCUUCUUCAAUUUUUUAGAUUUCUCUGUCAUAGCCCCCAGUUUUUUACUUUAACCUUUAAAACAUCCUUUUCUCAUUCUUUUAGUCUUUAUUCUGGGUUUACUCACCUCACAGAAACUGAACUCCUGUUAACUGGCUUUCUUUCCACACAUUGAUGCGCACUACUUUGUGAAUUAAUUGGUCUGCAGGGGUCUCUGAGUACAGCUGCAUUUAUUAGGAAAAGUUUGAAACCUCUACAGAUUUGAAAGACACCUCGAUUUAAUGGAAAAAUCCACGACUUGAUAGAUCUGGUGGCUAAGCAAUAAUUGAACAAUUGUAGUUUGGAGGGUAUUUAGCAAACAGUUAUUUAAAAAUUAAAGAUUAUAAUAUAUUGUCCUUAUACUCUGCUUUAAUGGGACCCAUCAUUGCUCAGUUGUCUCAGAGCAAAUAAGUGUUACCUCACAUGUUCCUUCAGCAAAGGUUGUACAGUUUCACACAUAAAGGAUAUACAAUAUUGUAUACAUGCACUAUAGUCUGCACAUGCACUGAGUCUCAAAAAAUAAAAUCUAUAGUGUUCUGUA